AUGGGGCAGUUGACAUCAAAACGAAGCGGUUUGGCCCCGAGUGCCUCAGCCAGAGAAGAGGGACCCCCCACCUACCACUCACAUGAUUUUAAUCCCAGAAGCGCACAGGGAGAUCACCACCUCCAGAUUCCUCCCAGCAUCGUUGUCUCUGAUGAGGAUUCAAGUGCGUCGAGGGCAGAGCUGCGCAGGUCGUCCCUCUACAGCACCCUGGACCUGGUGCCCCAGCUGGAGCACUACGCGCGCUCCCUGCCGCACCGCCAGGGGCGCAGCAGACCCUCGCUCCAGGCGCUCCGGAAGGCAUUUGAGGUCGGGGAUGUCAGAGGGGAUGGAGUCAGUACGUCAGACUCGGGCAGCCUGCCGGUGCCAGACGUCGGAAGCAAAGAGUCUCAGGACUCUCAGGAGAAAGCUCCUGUCAGGUUUGGCUGGGUUGUUGGCGUGAUGGUUCGUUGCAUGUUGAAUAUUUGGGGGGUCAUCCUGUUCCUCCGCCUGUCAUGGUGAGUCAUCAGUGAGUCAUUCCUCUUCUUGACCUGUGUUAUCAUCCUGAUGUCUGUGAUGGUGACUUCAGUGACGGCGCUCUCCAUCUCUGCUAUUGCCACCAACGGCAGGGUGAUAUCAGGUGGUGCGUAUUUCAUGAUCUCCCGUACUCUGGGUCCUGAAAUUGGAGGACCCAUUGGGGUGGUGUUCUCCUUUGCCAAUGCUCUGGCAUGUGCGCUCAAUACAGUGGGCUUUGCAGAGGUGCUCCGUGACCUAAUGCAGGAUUUUGGCAUCGUCAUGGUUGAUUCAGUCAACGACGUGCGUAUUGUGGGCGUGAUCACCGUGACGGUUCUUUUGCUCAUUUCAUUGGCUGGAAUGGAGUGGGAGUCCAAGGCCCAGAUUUUAUUCUUUGUAGUUCUCUUGGUCUCCUUUGCAAAUUACUUUGUGGGCACAGUAAUACCUCCAAACCUGGAGACACAAGCCGUGGGGGUCUUUGGCUACCGAGGUGACAUCUUCGUGGAGAACCUGACACCAAAUUGGAGAGGGGCCGAAGGCAGCUUUUUCCAGAUGUUUGCCAUUUUUUUCCCUGCGGCCAUCGGGAUCCUAUCUGGAGCCAACAUCUCUGGAGACCUAAAAGACCCUGCCACUGCUAUCCCCAAAGGGACGCUUAUGGCCAUCUUCUGGACUACAUUGACCUACCUUGGCGUUACUGUAACCCUUGGGGCAUGUGUAGUCCGGGAUGCUUCAGGAAACAUGAGUGACAUCAUAACCGGAAACCUGACCGAUGACUGUGUGGGACUGGCGUGUGAACUUGGCUGGAACUUCACAGACUGCAUCCAGUCGCAGUCCUGUGGAUUUGGGCUGGCCAACAGUGUGAAGGUGCUGGGGCAAGUUUCUGGUUUCUACCACCUCAUCACCGCUGGAGUUUUUGCAGCCAGUUUGUCUUCCGCUCUGGGGUUUCUUGUCUCCGCUCCUAAAGUCUUUCAGUGUCUGUGCAAGGACAGGAUCUAUCCCUUUAUUAUAUUCUUUGCAAAGGGUUAUGGGAAGAAUGAUGAGCCACUUCGGGCCUAUGUCCUCUGCUACAUUAUUGCCAUCGCUUUCGUUCUGAUUGCAGAGCUGAACAUCAUUGCAGCCCUGAUCUCAAACUUCUUCCUGUGCUCAUACUGCCUUAUAAACUUCAGCUGCUUUCACGCGUCCAUCACCAACUCCCCUGGUUGGAGGCCGGCAUUUCACUACUACAGCAAAUGGACGGCUCUGUUCGGCGCAGUGAUCUCCAUAGUUCUGAUGUUCCUCUUCACCUGGUGGGCUGCUCUCGUCACCUUCUGUAUCAUCUUCUUCCUGUUUGGAUACGUCAACUACAACAAACCCAAGAUAAACUGGGGCUCGUCUGUGCAGGCGGGUACAUACAACAUGGCUUUGUCAUACUCAGUCUCUCUGACUGGCGUGGAGGAUCAUGUGAAGAAUUUUAGGCCCCAGUGCCUAGUCUUGACGGGACCUCCAAGUCAGCGUCCCGCACUGGUGGACUUUGUUGGUUCUUUCACGAAACAAAUAAGCCUCAUGAUCUGUGGAGACAUUGUGAUGGAGCAGGAUAGUAAGAUACGGCCACACGAAGCUACAGAUAAGCUGGUUAAGUGGCUGAACAAGAGGAAAGUGCGGGCAUUUUAUACUCCGUUGACCAGCGACAACCUCAGAGCCGGAGCCCGACACCUGCUACAGGCUUCUGGUCUUGGCAAAUUAAAACCCAACACUUUGGUCCUGGGCUUCAAGGCCAACUGGAGAGAGAGUACUCCAGAAAGUAUUGAAGAUUACAUCAGUACCAUUUAUGAUACGUUUGACUCCAACUACUGUUUGUGCAUCUUGAGGAUGAUGGACGGACUCGAUGUCAAUGACGACUUCGAUUUUGAAGUAAACCCCGGCUUUGAACCUGACGAACCUGUGGAGAGUGAUGACCAGCAAACUAAUGAGGAGGACACAGCUGAUGACAUCUCUGAUGAAGGCAACAGUGAUCAGAUCAAAACAGUAUUUCAGAACGACCAGGGAAAGAAAACUAUUGACGUCUACUGGAUAGCUGAUGAUGGAGGUCUGACUUUGCUGGUGCCGUACCUGCUCACCAGGAGAAAACGCUGGCACAGGUGCAAGGUCAGGGUCUUCAUCGUGGGAGAUGAACAAAACAUGGAGGAAGGCCGCAAUGAGAUGAUCGCUCUGCUGAAGAGGUUCCGUCUGGAUUUUAACGACGUCAUCGUCAUGACGGACAGUGAAAAGCGCCCUCAAGCCAAGAGCCUGGGCCGCUUUGUGGACAGUGUCGCCCCCUUCAGGCUGUAUGAGGAACAGCAGGAAGGGGCAUCCAUCCGAGAACUGAGACAAAGUGCCCCUUGGAAAAUAUCGGACAAAGAGUUUGAGGCCUUCAGGCCUAAGUCUGAGAGGAAACUGAGACUGAAUGAAAUCAUCCGAAAGAAUUCACAACAUACUGCUCUGGUGCUUGUGAGCCUUCCUGUGCCACACAGCGACUGCCCCAGUGCUCUGUACAUGGCCUGGCUGGACACGCUGACCUGCGGCCUCCACUGCCCUGCACUGCUGAUACGAGGAAACCAGCAAAACGUCCUCACUUUCUACUGCCAGUAA